AUGGAGAACUCCGAGAAGAAACUGAAUCAGAAGAGCGACGACAAACCCAGAAAAGUACGGUUUAAAAUCUCCUCUUCCUACAGUGGCCGAGUGUUGAAGCAGGUUUUUGAGGACGGGCAAGAAUUAGAAUCACCCAAAGAAGAAUAUCCUCACAGUUUUCUCCAGGAGGCCCUUGAGCCAAUGGAUGGUGUCUAUGGGUCCGGGGAAGCCCCCAAGCCCCAGCUGUACUCCCCCAAGCUGACUGCUCAGAGAAUCAGCGUGUUCAGAGACAGCGGCGCCUACACUCUGGCGGGCAGCCAGCCCCUGUUCAACGACUAUAAGGCGAACGACCAUAAGCCUCCGCCAAUUAUAGACUUUGGGAAGAUAAUCAUCUACACCAACAACCUGAAAAUCAUCCGAACUCCGAUGGACAAAAGGGACUUCAUGAGGAAAAUCCUCCAAAAGGAAGAGGUGGCUGAGGAAGAGUCUCUGAUGAUCACAGGGGAAAAUGAUGGAGACAGGGAGCAGAGCGGCAGCCCCCUGCCGGAGACAGACCGCACAUUUCUCCACAGUCAGCACACACAGGAUGGGUUGGUCCCUGAGGAUAACUGUCUCCACUGCCAGGGGUCCGGCAUUGCCACCUGUUCUCUGUGCCACGGCAGCAAGUUCUCAAUGCUGGCUAACAGAUUCAAGGAGUCCUAUCGGGCCCUCCGGUGCCCUGCCUGUAACGAGAACGGCCUGCAACCUUGCCGAAUUUGCAGCCCAUAGCUUGUAGCCCUGGCUCUCCUGUGUGUCUUUCUCGUACUCUCUCAUGGCGCUACUCCUGAUAAACCACCCUGCUCCCUCCUGCCUCUCUCAGAAAGGGAGCCUCCUGCAGCCACAAUCACUCCUACCGCUAGCGAAUCUCAAAUAAUUUGAUGACAUUUUGUGAAGUUGGUAACAUCUCUACGCGUGCCUGAGUAACAGGGGCAUUUUUGAAUUAGAACCUGCUUUGAAACGGGUUCCAAAAUUAUCCUUCCAGGAACAUGUGCAUGCAUCUCACUUGAUUUAGCUCAGUCUUCCCCUUGCGGAGCGAACAAAUAACUAAAUGUACACUCCAGGCAGCAGGUUGAAGUCAUUUUCUGGGCCGGGAGCUAUUUUGCAAAAUUAUGCGGUCAGAAAGGAAUAAAGAAGUAGAUUUCCAAUG